UUCCAUUUCACAAUAGUUUACAAGAACAUACUUCCAAGAUGAACUUCCGCGCACUUGUCUCAUCAUCAUUAGUACUACUUUUCUCCCUACACUCUAUAAUUCCCUCUCCCGGACUAUCCCAACCAGCCAGAGCCAGAUGUCCGGUGAUAAACUUGCCACCAUGGCCUACUCCCGCCAAGUACCUACGUCCACGCCCGCCACUCUACCCGCCGGGUCUUAAUCUCAUGCCAAAGCGUCCUGCCAAUAACCCUGGUCCCCUAGCUAACCGAGCCAGAAUCCUCUUCAUCACCCAAGAGCUCAAACGAAACAUAACCUUCGAUCCUUUUAGAUACACCCCAACCUGGGUCGGAAACAACUAUUGUCUCUUCAAAGGUUUCUUUUGUGACACCGUACCGGACUUGAACAUCACGGGGCUCGCUAGCAUUGACUUUAACGGCGGCAGGUUCGGCGGCAGGUUCCUCAACUUCUACCGAUUCAUUCGAAACUUGCCCGACAUCGCCAUCUUCCACGCCAACUCCAACAACUUCAGCGGCAUCAUCAACAAUGGCUUAAGCCAGUUGCGCUAUCUCUACGAGCUCGACCUUAGUAACAACAAGUUUCUCGGUGGUUUCCCGAAGAACGUCCUCGGCGCAAAGAAUUUGACUUUCGUUGACCUUCGGUUCAACACUUACAACGGGACACUAUCCAACGACUUGUUUAACUUCGACACCGACAUAUUGUUCAUUAACAACAAUGGUUUUUCUCAAGGGAUACCUACUAACUUGGGUAACACUCCAGCGAUUUAUCUAACCCUAGCGGGUAACAAGUUGACGGGUACCAUCCCCACAAGUAUAGGUCGGUCUUGGAAGACCUUAAAAGAAGUUCUGCUAUUGAACAACCGGCUUUCGGGUUGUCUCCCUUUCGAGAUUGGGUACUUGAACCAGACAACAGUGUUCGAUGCCGGGUCCAAUCUCUUGACGGGUCCGAUCCCACAAUCGUUUGGGUGCUUGAAGAGUAUGCAAUUCUUGAACUUGGCUCAUAACCAGCUCUAUGGAACCAUUCCGGAGUCAUUAUGUAGGUUGCCCAACGCGUAUAACGUUACGCUGACGUAUAACUUCUUUACCCAAAUGGGGACUCGGUGCCUUAGGUUGAUGCGGGCUGGGAGGCUUCACGUGGGCCGGAACUGCAUAAUGGGCCUUCCGAAUCAAAAGCCCGCGGCUGAGUGCAACCGUUUCUUUUCGAGGCCCAGGACUUGCUCUCGUGUGAGCACCUUCAGCUUUGUUCCUUGCAAUCUCCCCAACUCGAUUGAAAUUGAUGGUCGGCAUCUAGAAGAGAUCCCCGCCCCUCCACCCCCACGGACCUAUGCUGCUCUGGAGAAAGUUCAGAACUGACGGGACCAUCCAUCCAUCUAUCCGCCUAUAUUUUAUUUGAUUAAAUAACUGCUAUUGUGUUUUAAAAUAGUUUAUUUGUAUUGUGAGAUCUGGUGCAUGCAUGCAGGUUGUUUGUUAAUUAGUGUGUAGUAUAUAUAUAUAUUUAUAUAUAUAUAUAUACGGCAAAUUUUAAAUUUCAUGUUUAAAUGUGUUGUUGUAUUAUCUAUUGGUCUAUUAAUGUGGAUGUUAACGGUUGAUUUUGUGGGUA